AUGUUCGUGGUCGCAGAAUUGACCUUCGUCAGGAUCAAUGAUUUGGCUGCCCCUCCAGAGCCAAUGCAUCCCCUGAUGUACAUUGAACCCUUUGUGGCCAUCAUGAUCCUUGCAAACGGCAUCAUGAUAGGGUUUCAGACCGAUCCGAACUACACGCAGUGGCAGGGAUGGAUAUACCUUGAGACGGCGUUCUUCGUCAUCCUCUUCCUGGAAAUACUGCUCCGAAUACACCUUCUCCGAUGUCGCACAUACUGGUGUGGAUCAGAAAGGUAUUGGAAUUGGUUCGACAUUUUUUUGGCUGUGACAUCUGGGACCGACCUGCUAUUACAGUUCAUUCAACAACAAGCAAGUGACAUAGCAGGAACGGGCCUGUUGCGAUUCACAAGGCUCAUUCGCUUAGCCAGAAUUGUGAAAGUCUUCCGGCUGAAGAUCAUGAAGGAUCUUCGCCUUAUGGUCAAGGGGUGGAUUGCCGGACUGCGAACUCUUGUCCUCGCCUUCACACUAUUGUUUACAGUGCUUUACGUAAUUUCCGGAUUUGCCACCAUGGCACUGGGCGACCAUUUGGAUGGUGACCUCCUACCACACUUCGACACCAUUCCCGCCUCAAUGUUCACAGCUUUCCGAUGCUUUACAGGUGAGUGCGUGAGUGACCAGGGACUGCCUAUGACGUCCCUGUUGGCGGGGAAGUUCGGGUUGGCAUUUAUUAUCCCGUACGUUGCUAGCUAUAUGCUGGUGACCAUGGGAAUUUUCAACGUCAUUUUGGCUGUUUACGUUGACAUUACUAUGAAAGCGGCAAAGGAAAAUGAUGCCAGCAAUGCUGAGCAAUAUGCUCGUGAAUCCAUUCGUGUUGCUCGGUUCGCGCGAGAGCUUUUGAAGAAGUUCGCGACGGCGUACCGCGAGUUCAGUGACAAUGAUGCUGGAUCUGGGGUGGUCGAGAUGAUGUCAUCCAUGGAAUUUACCUCGGCUUCAGCCGGAGUGUUCACUGACGACGAUGUGCAUGACCAAAUCCAGAUUUCCAAAGAGUUGUUCUUGGUCGUUAUACAAGAUAGGGGUGUGCAAAAUCUCAUGGAUGAGCUUGAUCUUCCACCAGACCGCGCCAAUCUGUUUGAAGUCAUCGAUGCAGAUGGCAGCGGUACCCUCCAUGUGCAGGA